AUGAUCGAUCAACUGGAGGCAAAUAUCCAGCGUAUGGAAGCUCAUUUUCAGAAGAUAGGGUUCGACCUGGGUCAAGAUGUGAACGGACCAUCCUUUGUCGAGGGGUUUGAGCAGUCGGAUGAAUCCUCGUCAUCAACUCCAGCCGGAAACAGAGAUAUAAGAACAGACAUGAGUAUUUGGGAUUCAGGACCGAUACACCUGGACCAUGAAAAAGACCGCUCUGUCCCUACGCAGAAUGCAUAUCAUACGCUAGCCAGCCCAAUCUCGGACGUGGUCAACACAAGAAUACCGGACGAUCUGCCUUGCUUCUCUGUUCCAAGGUGUUUUACAGAAACACCAGGCCCUGGCUUCUCGGUCUUUUCCCCCGAGGGAAAGAAAUGGAUGACUCGUAGAACGGAAAGUGGAUGUGUUGAUUAUUUGGAAUCCUUCUUUUCACCGGGUGUCCACCAAAAAACGGAUCAAGGCCUGCUUAAGGACUUGUUUCCCGACAAACACUUUUGCCCAUUGCCCCCAAAAGAUGAGAUCGCAUCGCUGGUGAAUGACUAUUUACAGCAGUUCAACCCCUUAUGUCCUAUCUUUCAACCGUCAUCGCUAUUGGCACUUUGUGAUGACGACAAUUUACACGGCAUAUUCGAUUCCCCCAGUCGUUGGGCGAGUCUCAAUGUCGUUUUGGCGAUAAGUUUUAUGCUGCGCGUAAAGAAUAACUCCCUUGUGCAGGCAGAGCAUCAGAAAAGCUGGCUGUUUAUGAAGAACGCCUUAGGUGUUUUGAAUGAGCUUUGCUUUGGAUUACCAGAUCUAUGGACCGUGCAAGCACUCUUAGGGAUGAUUAUCUUUCUGUUGGGAACAUUGAGCAGUCAGCCUUGCGGGUAUUUGAUUUCCUCCGUGGUGCAAAUAUGUCAUCAAAUUCGACUCGAACGAAAUGCGGAUGGGUCUGGAUUGUUUCCUGAAGAACUAGAACACCGCAGGCGGAUUUUCUGGAUUAUAUACUGCCUUGACAAAGAGAUAUCUCUUCGGGAUGGUAUUCCACUAGCGCAACGGGACGAUGAUAUGGACGUCUUAUUACCAAUGGAAGUUCCACUGGACGACAUAGGAAUCAUGCCAACAACAAACCAACAAGGAACUUUCAACGCAUUUAGAUCAGGAUGUGAACUCGCCUUAAUCAAGAGCCAGGUACACAAACACCUCUACUCAUUGGCAGCAGCAGAUCGCCCGCUUGCUGAGGUGGCCGCCGCGGUCGGGAUGCUGAACCAAAAGCUCCAAGAGUGGAAGGAUAGUAUCCCCACCGAGUUCCGACCCGAACUAAGAAGACGUUCCGCUUUUCCGCAGUCCCCAACAGCCGGAGUCCUUCUAUUGCUGCAUUUCUCAUACUUCAACUGUCUCAUUGCUAUCCAUCGGGUUACCGCGGCCUGGGGGUCAAGGCUAGGCGUGGAUCUAGUUAAAGACAACAGUUUCCACAUUGCACCCAAUCCAGCGGUAUUCAUGUCGGAAUCUCUGUGCACAAAAUCUGCAAUAGCUUCAAUUGACUUGAUCAAAUAUUUGCCCAAAUCUGAUAUCAUCCUCAUCGGGAUCAUGAUCUACUACCCGGUUCUCGCAUCCAAAACACUGUCCUCGGCCAUCGUCCGAAAUUCACAAGGCAUCUCGCGCAUGUAUCACACUAGGCUUAUCAUGCAAGUGGAAUCAUUUGUGUCAACUUUGGUCCUCGGUACACCUAAUAGAGGGAUAGAAGGACUUCUAAAGGAGUUGCAAGCCAGUAGAGAACUGGAGAGGGAAAGCGAGGCCUUCGCUUCAGUCAAACAGAAAGACAAAAUCUAA